AUGUCUUUAGAAAUCAAAUCAAAAUAUGCAAAUGCACUGACACUUCAAGCGAAAAUAUGCUUUAAUUUACAGCGGUACGAAGAAACUAUCCAAUUUCUAAAUAAGGUUUUAGAAAUCAAUCCCAAAAAUAAAACUAUACUAACACUUCGUGGAGGUGUCUAUUUUUAUCUGGAUCAGUAUUAUAAUGCAAUCAGAGAUUUGAAUAAGAGUUUGGAAGCGGAACAUAAUAAUGCUACUUCACUUUUUUUACGUGGAGAAAUUUUUUAUUGCCUCAAUCAUCUUCAUGAAGCAUUUUUGGAUUUUUACGACGCAUUAAAAUUUGAGCCAAAUAAUACAGAUAUGUUAGUUCUCCGUGGAGAAGCUUAUUUAAACUUUGAAGAUUAUUAUAAUACAGGUUUAGACUUUGAAAAAACACUAAAAAUUUUACCAGAAAGUGUAGCUGCAUUAUUUUAUAGUGGUAAAAUCUAUUUUGAACUAGAACAGUACGGUAGAGUUCUCUCUUAUUCUAGCGAAGCAUUGAAAAUUGAGCCAGAUUUUGUUCCUAUAUUAACUCUUCGUGGUUCAGCUUAUUGCUGUCUAAAAAAAUAUAAAGAGGCUCUUGAAGACUUCAGAAAAGCGCUUAAAAUUGAACCUAAUAAUGAAACU